AUGUCCACAAGAGAAGUUGAAUUAAUUCGUAAAAACUGGGAACCCGUUUUAAGAGAUAUCUCCAAGCUUCAAUCUCUCACGUUCUAUGACAAGUUAAUCAAAGCAGUUGGAAAUGCUCAGAUCGUCCUCAUCGGAGAAGCCUCUCAUGGUACUCAUGAAUUUUACAAACACCGAGCAGAGAUUACAAAAAGACUGAUUGAGGAAAAGGGAUUUAAUUGUGUGGCUGCAGAAGCGGAUUUUCCAGACUGUUUUCAAUUGAAUCAGUACGUGAGAAAUAUCACACAUGGUAGCAGUAGUGAGGAGGCCCUUUCAGGAUUUAAGCGUUUUCCCACUUGGAUGUGGCGAAACACUCCAACGAAGGAGUUUUUAGAAUGGUUGUGUGAAUAUAAUAAGAAAUUCGAGAGCAUCAAAGAGAAGGUUGGAUUCUAUGGACUUGAUUUGUACAGCUCGGAUCGAAGUAUGCAUGCAGUGUUGGAGUAUUUGGAUUCGACAGAUCCUGAAGCUGCCAUGCAAGCAAGAAAGGACUAUGAAUGUAUGAGAAAUUACAUUGAGAAUAAGCGUUCCUCUUCCUUCUUCUCCAAACUUAAAAAGGAUUGCCAAGAGAAAGUCAUGAAGGUCCUGCUUGAUUUGCAGUCUCGUACGAGAGAUUUCUUUGAAAAUGACAAGUCAGUCUCUGAGGAAGAUCGUUUGUUUUGUGCUGUCCAGAAUGCACUUGUUGUGAAGAAUGCUGAAAAGUAUUAUCGAGCCAUGUUUCUCGAUGGGAGUUGGAAUAUUAGAGAUUCUCACUUUUUUGAAACACUUCAAGAAAUUCUCAAGUAUUAUGAGAAGACUUAUGAAAGGCAAGCAAAGGUAGUUAUUUGGGCUCACAAUUCACAUGUAGGUGACGCUUCUCAAACCGACAAGAUCAACCGUAUUGGAAGAGAGAUUAACAUUGGAAGAUUGUGCAGAGAGAAUUUUCCUCUUCAAAAGGUAUAUAUCAUUGGAUUUAGCACUUACACUGGGAGUGUCACAGCGGCCGAUAAUUGGAACGAAGAUCCUCAGUACAAGAAGGUUAAUCCAGGAAUGAAAGGAUCUAUUGAGGAGUUAUGUUUUAGGGCAACUCAACAUCAAGGUGUCGACAACUUUUUAUUGCUCUUUAGAGACAACAGCGCAACUGCAGCCUCUUCUGCCACAGGAGCGAGUGAUAUCGUGAUUGACAAAGAAUUGGUGGAAGCAUUGGCCAAAACCAGAGAAGAGAGAGCGAUUGGAGUGAUUUAUAGGCCACAUACAGAACGGGCUUCGCACUAUUUUGGUGCAAAAGUUUCUAAACAAUUUGAUGCCUUGAUUCAUUUCAAUGUUACAAGAGCUGUACAUCCAUUAGACACUCAACAUGAAUGGGCAAAGAAAGAAUUGGAGGAGACUUAUCCAUUUGGUCUCUAA